CACGGCCAGGAUUUACACUUAAUUUCUUAGUAUUACACAGAAUGCUAAUGUUUAGUCUUGAGAAUUUGGACCCUUUUUUGGAUGCAAUAUACAUUCUAUCUCGAUUUGGUGAAAAUGCUAACAUUGAAUGUUCCCCAUCAAUGUUUUCCCUAAUAGUUCCUCAUCAUAACCUUGAAUUGAAUGUUGCCUUUCAAAUGAUGCCUCAAUUUUUCAAUUACUUCUUCUCCAACAGAACUCACUCUUCAAAAAUCCCCAUUCAACCAUUAUUCAAUACCAUCAAACGCAUGAAAGAAUACCAAAUCACUUCACUCUCCUUCUUUGUUCUCAAACUUCUUGAUCGCUUAGUCCUCAAAUUUUCCUCUCCCAGGAAUGAGCUACCCUUGAUUCGUAAAUUUAGAAUGAGGUGUGCAGUAAAGGAGGAUAUGGGAAACAUUGAUUUGGAAACCUUUGUUUCCAUUGAUUCACAACAAUUCAGACGUGUUGUAACUGGGUGUCGUGAUUACUUUGUUAGGGUUACUACAACGCAUUCACACGUCAGGUUCUCUAAUGAAAUCAAGGAGUUCAUUUUUGCUAGAGAGGGAGGAGAAUGCAUAAUGGAAGGUGUUGGGAAAGGGAAAGGGACUGAAUUUCUGAUCCCUAUUUAUCCAACUCAUGUUUUCUAUAAUAUCACUUUUCGAGCAAAAAGAGUAUGGUUGUUCAAGUCUAUUGAUAAACUUGGUACUUUCAUUGUUGCUCCUGUUGGACUCUUUGCUCGAUUUGUCAUCUAUUUUCCUCUUGGAUGACUUGUAGAAAAAAAAAAUGUAAU